GACGGGGCGGGCGCAUGCGCAGGGGGGCGCGCCGCCUCUGCCCCGCGGCGAGGGUGUCUAUGGAGAGGCGGCGGCCGCGGCUGCUGAGGCAGAGGCUGAGGCUGCGGCGAUGGCGCCCUUUCCCGAAGAAGUGGACGUGUUCACCGCCCCGCACUGGCGGAUGAAGCAGCUGGUGGGGCUUUACUGCGACAAGCUUUCUAAAACCAACUUUUCCAACAACAAUGAUUUCCGUGCUCUUCUGCAGUCUCUGUAUGCUACUUUUAAGGAGUUCAAAAUGCAUGAGCAGAUUGAAAAUGAGUACAUUAUUGGUUUGCUUCAGCAACGCAGUCAGACCAUUUAUAAUGUACAUUCUGACAAUAAACUCUCUGAGAUGCUCAGCCUCUUUGAAAAGGGACUGAAGAAUGUUAAGAAUGAAUAUGAGCAGUUAAAUUAUGAGAAACAGCUGAAAGAGAGAUUGGAGGCUUUUACAAGAGAUUUUCUUCCUCACAUGAAAGAGGAAGAGGAGGUUUUUCAGCCCAUGUUAAUGGAAUAUUUUACCUAUGAAGAGCUGAAGGACAUUAAAAAGAAAGUGAUCGCACAGCAUUGCUCUCAGAAGGACACGGCAGAGCUCCUUAGAGGCCUCAGCCUGUGGAAUCACGCUGAGGAGCGACAGAAGUUUUUUAAAUACUCCGUGGAUGAAAAGUCAGAUAAAGAAGGGGAAGUGUCAGAACGAUCCACAAGUAUAACCCAUCUUCCUCCUGAGGUAAUGCUGGCGAUUUUCAGUUAUCUUAAUCCUCAGGAAUUAUGUCGGUGCAGUCAAGUAAGCACCAAGUGGGCUCAGCUGGCAAAGACAGGAUCACUUUGGAAACAUCUUUACCCUGUUCACUGGGCCAGAGGAGACUGGUAUAAUGGCCCUGCAACUGAGCUUGAUACUGAACCUGAUGAGGAAUGGGUGAAAAACAGAAGAGAUGAAAGUCGUGCUUUUCAGGAGUGGGACGAAGAUGCCGACGUAGAUGAAUCUGAAGAGUCUGCAGAGGAAUCGAUUGCUAUCAGCAUUGCACAAAUGGAAAAGCGUUUACUUCAUGGCUUAAUUCAUAAUGUUCUGCCAUAUGUUGGUACUUCUGUAAAAACUCUCGUAUUAGCAUACGGCUCUGCAGUUUCCAGCAAAAUGGUGAGGCAGAUUUUAGAGCUUUGUCCUAAUCUGGAGCACCUGGAUCUCACCCAGACUGACAUUUCAGAUUCUGCAUUUGACAGUUGGUCUUGGCUUGGAUGCUGCCAGAGUCUUCGGCAUCUUGAUCUGUCUGGAUGUGAAAAAAUCACAGAUGUGGCUCUAGAGAAGAUUUCUAGAGCUCUUGGGAUUCUGACGUCUCAUCAGAGUGGCCUUCUAAACACUUCUACAAGCAAAAUCACUUCAACUGCUUGGGAAAAUGAAGACAUUACUGUGCAGUCCACUGAGCAGUAUGCGUGUUUGCAGGAUUUAACCAACGAGAGCGUCGGAGAAGAAAUUGAUAAUGAACACUCCUGGACUAAGCCCGUUUCUUCUGAAAAUUUCACCUCUCCGUAUGUGUGGAUGUUAGAUGCCGAAGAUCUGGCUGAUAUUGAGGAUGCUGUAGAAUGGAGACAUAGAAAUGUUGAAAGUCUUUGUGUAAUGGAAACAGCAUCCAACUUAAGUUGUCCCUCUGGUUGUUACAGUAAGGAUAUUGUUGGACUAAGGACUAGUGUCUGUUGGCAGCAGCAUUGUGCUUCCCCAGCCUUUGCAUAUUGUGGCCAUUCGUUCUGUUGUACAGGAACAGCGCUAAGAACUGUGUCAGCACUCCCAGAGUCUUCUGCAUUGUGCAGAAAGGCGCCAAGGACCAGACUGCUUAGGGAAAAGGACUUAAUUUACUCUGGGAGUGAAAAGUCGGACCAGGAGACUGGACGUGUCCUUCUGUUUCUCAGUCUGUCCGGGUGUUACCAGAUCACAGACCAUGGUCUCAGGGUGUUGACUCUGGGAGGAGGGCUGCCUUAUUUGGAGCACCUCAAUCUCUCUGGUUGUCUCACCGUAACUGGUGCAGGCCUGCAGGAUUUGGUUUCAGCAUGCCCUUCUCUAAAUGAUGAAUACUUUUACUACUGUGACAACAUUAACGGUCCUCAUGCAGACACCGCCAGCGGAUGCCAGAACUUGCAGUGUGGUUUUCGAGCCUGCUGCCGCUCUGGCGAAUGACCCUUGACUUCUGACUUUUGUCUACUUCAUUUAGCUGAGCAGGCUUCCUUUCAUGCACUUUACUUGUAGCACAUUUCUUGUGUUAACCAUCCCUUUUUUGAGUGUGACCUGUUUUGGCCCCAUUCCUUUCAGCCUCAGAAAUCUUAAUUUACCAGUGAAUUGUACAGUGUUGUUUCUCUUGCAAAUCUUAUUUUUGUUUUAGAAAGGGAUUAGGUCUUUUCAUAAGAAUAAGGGUAGUUUUACCGGCUUUCUUUUAAAUUGAAUGCUUUGAAAAUAAUGUCACUAAUGCCUUGCCGUUUAAAGCAUUUUUUAGAUUAUUUGGAGUUUUAGUCAGUGGGGUCAUUGGUUCUCUUUCUGUAUAAACACUGCACCAGGCUUUGCAGGCCUUUUCAGACAUACGCUGCUGAAGGUUUAUUUUCAGAGACUACACAUUUGGAAACUAGUCUCUUUUCCAUAAUGUUUCCUUUCUUUGAACAGUUCUCAGAGGGCCAAUUCAACAUACCCACAUGUAAGAUUCUUUACGACUGUAGAACAAAUUGGCUUCUUGGUGGUAGCUCAGUGAGCUGGCAAAGCAUCGGUUUAUUUGUAUUAGCUUCUAAGAACCCCCGGUUCUACCACUGUCCCUAAAUUGUCAAAUUUGAGAGGGGUUUUUAAAAAUUCCACAAUCAUUUGAAGAAAUGUAUAAAUAAAAUCUACUUUGAGGACUUUA